UCUCCAUAUUUAUUCUAGUCAGUGUCUCAAGACCACAACAAACCACAGGUGGACCUGCUGAAGUACUGUACCUCUCACUCAGUGAACAUUACAUUGGAAAGAGACAAGCUACGUUGGGAUUUAUCAGCAAAAAUGCCUCUUGCACGGGAUCUGCUUUACCCCAGCUUAUCAAUGGAGAAGGCAAAACACAAGAAGAAACGGCUGGUACAGAGCCCCAACUCCUACUUCAUGGAUGUCAAGUGCAUUGGCUGCUACAAGAUCACCACUAUCUUCAGUCAUUCCCAGACAGUGGUACCUUGCACAGGCUGCUCAUUGAUACUUUGCAGGCCAGGAGGAGGAAAAUGCAGACUAACUGCAGGCUGUGCCUUCAGAAGAAAAUAUUCAUGAACCAUCAUCUGGGGCAUGAAUGACCAGCAGCAGAGAGGACCAUGGAUAAAUGAGUCGAAGCUACACUCCGUUUCACCGAAACUCAAAAAAUUACCCGUUAAAGUGUACCUUGAUAUUUGGAGUGAAAUUUCAUGUCACUUUUGGGGACAAGAUCAGCCAUUCAAGUAAACAAUUGACCAAUUCCGAAUCAUGUACAUUCCUGUGUUCAGAUUGAACUAAAAUUAUGAGGCAAAGCAAUUCACCAGAAACAAAAGCACUCCCUCCAAACCACAGGUGUAACAAACUGUAAAAGAAACAGUCACAAGUCAUGAUUCCUGUAAAAGAAUUUUUAUUAGGGUGACAUGGAGGGGUGGUGAAUGAGAUAUAUAUAUUUUAAAAAAAAGGUCUUCAUCAAAUGUGAGGCGCUUUCUGUGGCUCUUGGCAUGAGAUGACACCACAUUGACCAUCACAAAGAAAAAAAUAAAACAUUUAAAGGAUUAAUUGUCUGUGUUAUGUGUGUUCUUUGGUCUUGAGAGUUCUUCUGGCAAAAAGUGGUGUGAAUGGAAAAAA